AUGAGCGGGUGCUUGUUCAAACUGCCUGGCGUUGCCGACAGACCUUCACUGUAUCAAUCAACAGCUGUGAAAUGGAAAAAAGCCGAAAAUCAGGUAUUGAAUGAAGCAACAUCAACAACAGCACAACAACAAGAUUCAAACGUUAAUAAAAGUGGUCUAGUGAAGAAAAGACUUAGUCGAUUUAGUGCACAAUUUCAAUCAAUUAAUUUAAAUAGACAUGAUAAACACCGAUCAAGUUUACCAUUGAGUAACGACAAUGAAGUUAAAAAAUUACGUACGAAAAAGAGUAUAUCUUCCGAAUUCGAUAAUUCAAAAGUACCUUUGAACAAACUGAAAGUAAUUAGCAAGAAGAAACUUUUUAAAAAUGGUAUUUCCGGUGCUCGUUGCGCAUUGAUUACGAUCGGUGCAAUUUUUGGCGCGUGUGUAUUGGCGCUGAUUUUAGCACUAGUUCUUACUCUCUCAAAAAGUAGCAGUGGGGGCGCUUCAAGCAUUUCUUCCGAUUCAACAACAAUAAACAAUAAUUUAACGACGGCAGCACCGUUCACCGGUAACCCAUGUGGCACACUAUGGAACCCAAAUGGCACCACUGUUGCUGGAAUAACUCGCACGUAUGGUACAUCAUCAAGUCUGUUGCGUUACCCUAGUGGUAUUUUUAUAGAUAAAAAUGAUAUAAUGUACAUAGCUGAUACAUGGAAUAAUCGAAUACAAAAAUGGGUCAUAGGCGCUUCCAGUGGUACGACAGUAGCAGGCGAUACUACAGGGGCCAACGGCUCAGCGCUGAAUACGCUAUCAUUACCUUAUGGCGUUUUUGUUGAUCAAAGUCAAAAUGUCUAUGUUGCUGAUACUGGAAAUUAUCGUAUAAUGUAUUGGGGGAAUGGAAUGUCGACUGGUAGUAUGGUAGCGGGAACAGGUGCGUAUGGUAAUGGAUCAAAUGAAUUAGGAGGCUGUGAGGGUAUCUAUGUUGAUUCAUCUGGUACUAUGUAUAUAACUGAUUUCAACAACCAUCGUGUCGUGAAGUGGACAGCCGGAGCUGCAACUGGUUCAGUAGCUGCCGGUGGUAAUGGUAUAAGUAAUACCACAACACAAUUAGGUUUUCCGUGGGGUAUUGCUGUUGAUACAACUAAUAGCGCCAUGUACAUAGCCAAUUGGGGUCUUUAUUCGAUUUCAAAAUGGUCAUUUGGAGCUACAAGUGGAAGUACUUAUGCUGGAACAGCAGGUAUAGCUGGAUCAACUGCCACAACGUUAUUGAAUCCAGCUAAUAUUAUUCUCGAUUCCUAUAAUAACUUAUAUGUAGCUGAUGCAUAUAAUAUGCGUAUACAAAUGUUCUGUGCAAGUUCCCCAACACAAGGGGUAACCAUAGCUGGUAUCAAUCAACAGCAAGGCUAUACAAGUCUAAAAUUAAGUAUGCCCUAUGGUCUUGCUCUUGAUAGCGGGUAUAAUCUAUACGUUGCCGAUACAAUGAAUCAUCGAAUACAAAAAUUCUCCAAAGCAUCCUAA